UUCCUGCCCAUUUCCCUAAAAAAAAUUGAGUGGGUUUCGACUUACGACUCGCUCCUCUCUCACAGUCUCGCUCACGAGUCACGUUCAUCUUCAAGGCUUCAACAUUCAACUCAGUGACGGUCCUCACUCCUCACCCUCUCCUUCACAUCUUCACUGUCACGGCUUCAUCUCUUCACCACGGCACAGCCCUUCGUCCAACACAGUCACACCACGGCACCAAGAAGAGGCGCUCUCCUCCAAGCCUCCAAGACUUUAUAAGUGUAUCAUUUGUUUAUUUCAUUGGAAGAAGAAGAGCACCAUUGCCGCACCAGAGGCUACUCCACUAAGAUUUCAAAAUGGGACUGGGAUUGAUUACGGGAUUGGGAAGAAUAAUGAGGAGAAAAAGGACUUCAUCCCUUGAUAUUCUUUCUUCAAAGAGGGCACCAAGGGAUUAUUACAAGGGAAAGAACUGCAAGCCAACUGGGUUUCAUACUCGUAAAGGUGGGUAUGUUGUGGUGCAUGAAAAGCUGCCAAACUAUGUUGUCCCUGAUCUGACUGACUUCAAGCUAAAAGCAUACGUAUCACAGUGCCCAUUAGAAGCUAAAACUGCUGAGGCAAGUGAUGCAGCAAAAUAAGCCAAUGGUUUCGAGGCCAAGUUCUGUUACUUGAUAUAUAACUUUCAGGCCUAGAAAUAUUGUGUCAAUUAAUAAAAAAACUACAGACACUAUUCUGAGCAUUGACUUUGUUAUGUUGAAGGGAAAUUAUUCAUGGAGGAUCUGAAAAGGGUUCUUCUAAUUCUAUAGAACAUAGGUAAUGGUGUACAUUGUUGGUCUGGAUAGGAGCCCCAGUAUGAGGAGUAGGUUUUGGGUUCCGAGUGAAUUUUUGUUUGGAUUUUGCCAAAUUGUUGUUGUUGUUGGGAAUGAAGAGGGUCCAAGUUGAGGGGGGUUUUGGAGACACGAGCUCCCAUGAAAGGGGUUCCUGUACCUGAGGUGGUUAUAUAUGCAGUCAGAAAGUAUGGAUUUGGAAUUUGAGAUUUAUCCAAUCCCAUGCAGUCAAAAUGUUGUGGCUACCUAUUCUAAAAAAUUUUGGUGGCAAAAUCCCUUUCGAUAAUGAUUUGUUGCAAGUUAUCUCUUUA